AUGUCUGCACCCAACCGGGGAAUCGCAGUAAUAUCAGGAGGAAGCGCUGCCAAUAACCUGGUCGACGUGUUCGACGCGAUCCGAAAAAGUAAAGACUGCCCCUUGAGCUACAUCAUCCCGAUCAGCGACAAUGGGGGCUCGUCAUCGGAGCUGAUUCGAAUCUUCGGGGGACCAGGAAUUGGCGACGUUCGAAGUAGACUCGUGCGGCUUAUCCCCGAUUGCCCUAACAAUCCAGAGAGAAUGGCCGUGAAAGCUCUGUUCAAUUCUCGCUUGCCAGCCGCCACGGCCGCCGCAUCCCAGGAUUGGCUUUCCAUCGUAGACGGUACGUCCAACCUAUGGGACUCCAUUACGCCGGCAAAGAAAGAACUGAUUCGGUCGUUCUUCAACAUGCUCAACCUUGAGAUACUCAAAAGGGCACGUCCGCCUUCGUCGACUUUUGACUUCACUUCCGCCAGCGUCGGCAACCUCUUCCUGACGGGCGCUCGCCUUUUCAGCGGGAGUUUUGAGAGCGCCAUAUAUCUCUUCAGAAGCAUUUGCGGCGUGCCAACAGAUGUCGUACGUGUCAUCCCGGCGAUCAACUCGAACUUUUCGCAUCACAUCUCUGCCACCCUAGCCGAUGGGACGGUCAUUGUUGGCCAGAAUAGCAUUUCCCAUCCCAGUGAUGAGGCCUCCAGCAAAGAUAUCGGUAGGCGCCCCAGUCUCCUUCUCGCCGAUGGAGACUGCUCAGAGGAUACCGAUUCUGAUAUUUCGGAUGCUAUUUCCUACGAGGAGGACCAUCUCCCAGGGUCGCUCGCAACACUACGUAAUAAGAACAUCUCGUUCAGCAAAGCUAAAAACGAAGAUUUGCCGUCUCGGAUCAGUCGAAUUUGGUACAUCAACCCGUACGGGCAGGAAAUACGCCCUCCGGCAAACCCCCGCGUGCUGGAAGCGCUGAACAAUGCCCAGGCCAUCAUAUACAGCAUCGGCUCCCUAUACACUUCCAUCAUCCCUGCCAUUAUCCUCCGGGGCGUGGGGAAGAGCAUCAUCAACAGCCCCGCUCGCCAUAAAAUCCUGAUUCUCAACGGCUCUCUGGACCGAGAAACUGGGCCGAUGGCUCGGCCCUUUGUAGCAUCCGACUUCGUCGAAGCGAUUGCACGCGCCGGCGAAGAAAGCCGCGGCCGGCAGCCCCAUGAUUUCCCACCUGGUCGUGAUUCAUCGGACCUGCCCACUUCUCCAGAUACCAUUCGGCCCUACAAGCCCAUUCCGUACAACUUAUACGUGACACACAUUCUGCAUUUGGAUGGGCCGGGGACGCCCCGUGUGGACCGUGAUCGGCUUACAGAAAUGGGCAUCGAGACACUCCGAUUGUACGGUCGCAAAAUCGCCUCGCAGGAUGGUAGUCAAGAAACUCCUCUCGGCAUGCAAUAUGAUCCAAAUGCAUUGAUACAGGCUCUCGAGGUAGUCCUGGGCAGGAAGGGUGACGCCAUCGUCAGAGACGGAGUUGGGAGCGGACUGGGCCGGCGAAUACACUGGAUCCUGGUGGUCGAGAGAAACGAUAGACGGCGAUAUUCCUCACGAGUAUAG